CAAACCUGGGUGCGGCAUUUGACAGACGCCCACCCGGUCUUGAGCACGAGGCCGCCUCACGCGUUACCUGUGGACGAGGUCACGCCAUCCAUUUCCUACCCAGUCCCCCUUUGCCAUCCGACCUUGCGACUCAUGCGAAAUGGGUCUGUUAGAUAGGUUUCGCAGGUCUAAAAAGACGACAGCGAUUUUACCGACCGAUACCGUAGUGUUGUGAGUGCACUGGUGCUAUCUUGGUUACACAGUAGAACCGAGAGCGCAACUAGCAUCGUAGGUCCCAGUGGUUCAGGAAAGAGUCCGUUUAUGAAAACCCUUUUGCAACAUGAAAACGUUCAUAUUCGAGUCAGCAAUGGCCGGAAUGCCGACGCCGCAGAUGUUCAUGCAGAACGGUGCCGUUUCGAUGGGAUACAAAGUGACAUCGUUAUCGUAAGGACGCCGUCUUUCUACACCGACGGCCCAGAUGGGGAGGAAACACUGAAAAAGUGGAUGGAUUCAAACUAUAUUAAGCCGUGCAAGGCGGUUGGAGUGCUGUACAUGCAUAACCUUGCAUCUAGUGCAGGCGACUCAAACCUGGAAGUCUCGAAACAUCUUGGUGCUUUCCGACGAACAUGCCGUUCAAAUCUCAUUCCAAGCGUCAUUCGUGUCGUUCCGACUUCGUACCACAUCGCAUGGUUGUCGAACGAGAGUAUGGAAACACCAAUGACUCAAUUUCGACGUCAAGCAAAUGAUGAAGGUGUACAGUUUUGUAGCACGUUGCCUGAUGGCAAGCCCUUUGAUGGAAAGCCCGAGACGGCGUGGGGCGCCGUCCAGGAACUCUUGGCAUCCUGCGGUAAUGGAAUCGUAGGAGUUCCAAGAAACAAUUCCGCGAGUUCCGUUCGGAAGGCAGAGGUCAAGGGUAUAGCUGGGACUCAGGCGAAAGAGCUCCUCUCCCUUCCAUCGGGACCUACCUUGAACAGUAUGCCCUUGCGACUCCCAAGUAGUCGCCUAGCUGUGGAAAAUCUUGCCGAUCGCCUUGUUGAAGAGUUCAGGGGGCAGGGGAGGAACGGCAGUUUGGACACGUUAAUCGUGAUCGGGAGAACUGUACUGGAAUUAACUCCACCAGACCACGCACACCACCAUCAUACCCUCAUCCAUCUUGCUGAUCUCCUAUCUGAACGGUUCGAAAAGGAAGGAACGAAAGAGGAUUUAGACGAAGUAAUCACGAUGAGGCGAGCAGCGUCAGAAUGCAUGAUCCCAACCGACCCUCAGAGACAAAGAAUUCUUCUCAAACUCGACGUUUGCCUUUAUGAACGCUUUAGGAAGGAAGGUUCCGUGGUGGAUCUGGAAGAGAUCAUAUCUCUUCGCCGGGUUGCAUUAGAAUAUACUCCUCUGCCGAAUCGAUGCAGGCCUCUUCUCAGCCUCGCUGACUCCCUUCUCGAAAAAUUCCAACAACAGGGUUUAGUGGACGACAUCGAUGAGGCCAUUAGCUUGGCGCAUACUGCGACGGGGUUGUACCCUCCAAGGCAACCCGAUCUAGCGUUGUCUCUGGAAUGUCUUGCACGUUGCCGCAAAGCAAAGGUUGGAACGGAGGCUCGCCUAAAGGGAGCCGGGAUUGAUCCUCCAUCUUCUGGUUUUUCGGAUAUCAAGAAUUUCAUCAAAGACCGCUUUUAUGCAAUUGUUGGAAACCUUCCGCCGCGCCUCUUACAUACUCCGACAGGGGUCAUGUGUAACCGAGCCGCCCAGCUAUCUUAUUUCGAGGGUAGUCCUCAAUACCAGCGGCUCCUGUCGUCAGCCUCUUCACUCGACAGGCAGCGGUUCCAAAUGGAGAUCGGUAGUGAGGUUACAGACUUCUUUCAAAUUGCCAUGCUGUCUCACAGGUGGGGGAGUGAUGAGCCCGUACUAUGCGAUGUUGAAGACAAAAAUAUCUAUGAGUUGCGAGGCACGGACGGUCUGGCGAAGCUCCAACAGUUCUGCCUUCUUGCUCUCGAACGUAAUUUCCAGUGGGCAUGGAGCGAUACGUGUUGCAUCAACAAAGAUAGCAGCACCGAACUACAGAAAGCUAUCGCGUCUAUGUUUUCUUGGUAUCGCCGGUCAUCGCUGACGAUCGUGUACCUUUUCGAUGCCUUCGACGCUGAUUCACUUGUCAGUUGCGAUUGGUUCACGCGAGGCUGGACACUCCAAGAACUCUUGGCUUCACCCGCCGUCAUCUUCUGUAUGUACGACUGGUCACUCUAUAAGAAGGGGGUCACCGCGAAUCACAAAACAGAUCCUGCGGUGCUUGGGGAGCUCCACAAGGCUACGGGAGUAGCAAAACAACACCUUACCAACUUUUGUCCCGGUGUGGAUGACGCGCGAACCAGACUCCACUGGGCAUCAGGCCGUAGUACCACUGAACCAGAGGAUAUUGCCUACUCCCUUUUUGGCGUUUUCAACGUUCACUUGCCAAUCAUUUACGGCGAAUCUGCGGAGAAUGCGCUCGGACGUCUCCUGGCAGAGAUCAUAUCAAUUUCGGGAGACGUUUCGAUUCUGGAUUGGGUUGGUGAACCAUCGUCGUUCAACAGUUGUUUUCCUGCCAACCUUAUGCCGUACCAGAGCGAACCCGACAUCCAGCCGAUCCCCAGCGACUCUGCCAAACGGAAAGCCCUGGGCGUUGUAAAGGCGAGGCAACUGUACAAUAAGCUUUUAAAGUUACCACUCGCGCGAUGUGAUAAUAAGAGGCUUAUGCUACCCUCCAUCAUCCACCCGGUCACGGCCGUCCGACUGCGAGGGUCCUCGACUAGCCCCUCAGGUCACACAUACGAGAUUCACGCAUCGCGACUUAGGCCUGUCAGUGUCACAUUGUCAAAUCAACUUAGUAAUAAGGCCGGUGCAUAUAUCCUUGUCCGUCCUUGGCACCCAAAAUCACUUGGAAAGCCGACCGGGAGCGAUGAGGAUGCUGCUUGGAACUUGCUGAGGCAGCUAGAGCAACCGUUCAGCGCACUUCUGCUAAAGAGCUUGCAUUCCAACCAGUACAAGAGGAUCGCGAGCGACUGCAUGAUUACUGCUUGUGCUCAAGACCUAGCCAGUAUCUUAGAUCCUGAAGCCUCAAUACUAGAGAUUGUAUAGAUCGUACUCCUAACGUACUCCUACUGCGCCACCUUCGUAUUUCGGCUAUUUGUGUUCCCAUUUGAUAUCUGUGCCAGCAGUGUAUUUUAAUAAUCCGAG